AUGUUGUGGCAAGCACAGUUGCGUGUGUGUGACCGGCGUCCUCUCACGUGUGCAGGCCGGCCGCCGGCCACUGUGCGCUGGCUGCGGGACGGCCGCGUGCUGGAGGCGGCGGAGACGCGGCCCGACGCCGAGGGCGGGCCCUGGUCGGUGCGCAGCCUGCUGGUCGUGGCGGCGCUCUCCAGGGCCGACCUGCACGCGACGCUCACCUGCCGCGCCAGCAACUCGCCGCUAGCGCCGCCCGUCGAGGCCACCGUGCGGCUUGACCUAUACCUGAGACCGCUGUGGGCCAGCAUCAUGGGCGAGCGCAUUCCCCUGUCGGCGGGCCGCCCGCACGACGUCCAGUGCCGCAGUGCGGGAUCGCGGCCGCCAGCCAACAUCACCUGGUGGAUCGACAACGCCGGCAUCGAUGCCCUCACGCACAAGGUGUCUCCGGACUUGAACGAGACAGUGUCGACGCUGCGCCUGACGGCGGGCGCCAGUGACCACGACCGAGUGGUCACGUGCCGCGCGGAGAACAGCCACGUCCGGGGCGGCGUCGAGGAGGACUCGUGGCGACUCGACGUCUACUUCAUGCCAAUGGUGCAGCUCCAUCUGGGACCGAACCUGGCAGCUGAGAACAUCAAGGAAGGCAGCGACGUCUACUUUGAAUGCAAGAUGAGGGCUAAUCCAGCAGCCUACAAGGUUGUUUGGACAAAUAAUGGCGAGGUGAUACUGCACAACACGUCGGCGGGCGUGAUUGUCAGCAGCAGCCACCUGGCGCUGCAGUCGGUGACGCGCCGGCAGGCCGGCAGCUACUCCUGCAUCGCGUCCAACGUCGAGGGCGACGGCCGCAGCAACGUCGUCAACCUCGCCGUCAAGUGUGAGUGA